UUAACCACUUCCCCUAUCGAUCUUGAGGAUUCUCUCCUCAAUGGCAAACAUUAUAAUUUUCAUCGUAAUAUCCUCUUUGUCCAUAGCCUGCAUACCUAGUGGUUAUGCUAGAAAACAAGGUCCUGUAGACAACGAAAAAGCAUGGUUCCAGAACAUCUGCCAAGGAAAUGAAAAAGUGGCCAAGCUUCAGUUCUACGUUCAAGAUGUCCUAAGUGGUGAAAAUACGACAGUCUACGAGAUCGCUCGUGCCUCUAUCACUUCUAAUUCUCCAACUGCGUUCGGUCAGGUUAGAGUUCUGGAUGACCUGCUCACUGCCGAGCCGGAUAUCAACUCGGAGGUAGUGGGUAGAGUUCAAGGGCUGAUCACUUCAGCGGACUUGGAAACAUCAGCCUUAGCCAUAAACCUUAACUUCGUUUUCACGUCGGGCCAGUAUAGUGGAAGCACGAUUAGUAUUUUGGGACGGAAUCAGAUCAUGAACAAAGAACGUGAGUUGCCGGUGGUUGGUGGUACCGGGGUGUUCCGUUUUGCACGUGGAUAUGCUAUUACCAGCACUCAUUCUUACAAUGUUGAGACCAGUUAUGGUAUUCUUGAAUAUACGAUUUAUGUGACUUACGUGGAUGAUUCUAGCAUGCGUCUGCAGGCAAACAUGUGAAAGCUUCUCCCCUCCCCAAAUUUAAGCAUUUUAAUUUCUUGUGCCCGUUUCCGUUUGUUACAUGUAAUUCAUCUACUUUUGGACUUGGCUAGAAAAGAUGUCAUGUAAUGGAAGUGCAUGUAUGAAAUAUUGGCUAAAUUACAAUGACCUUCCCUAAAGUUUGACAUAAU